GCCCAUGGAUGUGGUUUGGGAGAAGGCUGGCAGUGGUCAGGCUCCUCCUCUGCAAUCCCUGGCAGUGGGGCUGGGCAGGAAGCAGCAGAGAGGGGCUGGACAAGUGGGGUCCUUGGGGUGUUCCUGGGUGCUGGGAUAUCCUGGAUGUGCUCCGUGCUCCUCGUUGUCUCAUGUGCCAACACCACUGGCUCUCCAGCCUGUCCUGACAUUACAGGGGGGGUCCAGGCUGGGGGUUCAGGGAUCAAAUUCCCUGUUUCCAGCCCCAUUUCCCACGGCUGGAAGCUCCAGACCCAGCUGGGAAAGAAGAGGCCCGAGUCCUGUGGGGUUUUGGGCAUCAGAAUGCGGCACCCCAUGGUGAGCCUGGGCCAAGCACCUUCAUGUCCUGGAAACAGAGAGCCAGUCCUGUGUUUGGGGGGCACCAGGCUCAUUUGGCCAGUUUUAGGGUCCUGUAAUAAAUAAAUCAGGCUUUUUCUUUGCCCCAGAAAUGGAGGCAAGUCCCGCAUUGUUGACACUUGGAGCCAGCCCCACCUGGGCAGUCUCGGGGCAGUGAAACAGACUCCAGCCCCGUCUGGAGAGUGCGAAUGGAGCCUCAUCCAGGCACUUUAAGGCUUUGAUCAGAGAGCCCAAAUCUGCCUUUUGGGGUCAGGGCAGACCCUAGACUGGAGAGAGAGGGCGGGACCCAGGGGGCAGAUAGAGGCAGUGCCAGGCUGCGGGGCGGGCUCAAGGGUGCGGCGUGGGACCAGGAGCAUUUGCACCUCCCCUUCCUUUCUCCUCCAUGCCCCUCUAUCACCCAGAUGCUUUUUGCAAGGAAAAAAAUAGAAAUCACGCCACGGACAAAAGCAUUGACAGCAGAACUGGACGCACUGUGAGCAGUCCAUGGAAGUCAAACCGGUGACGAUCCAGGGGGAAUUUAAAGUGGGAUACUUGCAGAUUUCAUUUCCCAGGAACUCAAAUUUUUUCGGCACCUCUUGCUUAUAUACUUCCCUGUCAGAAGAGGUCAAUUAGUCUUUUUAAUGACCAGAUUAGCCAACACAGGGAAAAACAGCCAGCGUUUCUUGAAUACCUCCAUCACUUCUAUAUCCAUCUGCAAUCAGGGGCCGAUGGACAGCAGCCUGUCCUGAACAGGCUCCGAGGUGGGACUGGGUGACCCUCGAAGUCCCUCCCAAACCAAACCGGUUCCAUGAGCUCUCCUUGGGUUUAUUUCGCAUCGCGUCCUUCCUUCUGCUCCCAGCAGAUGGUGCCGCCGACCUUUAAAAGAGAUGGGAAGUGUCCUGGGACACGGAUCGGCCCUGCCGCUCACUGAGCCGUUUUUUAAACGAAAAGGGCAAUAUUCUGCAAUAAAUCCGUGACGAAGAUUCCGUGUUGACGUUCCACGGGGUAUGGGGGAAGCAGAAAGCGAUUCUCUGCAAGUCUCGAUUCCCUGCGUUGUGGAUGUUUUGUUGCUUCCGUGAGUAACACCUCUCCAUCUGAAGCUCUUCGGAUUCCAAAGUGAACUCGCCACCUUUUGGGCUUCCAGGCAGAGGGAAUGUGAAUAUGAGAAAGUGAUGGGGAGACAGAGAACUGCAGCAGGGUGUGUGUGUGCGCAGGGAGAGCUGGGGUAGGAAUUUUAGAUAAAAUCCUCUUACCUGGAUGCAGAGGAUUACCUGUGAUGAUUUCAUACAGAGUUGUUAUAAUUUCACGCUGAGUUAUGCUGGAGAAGAAUUUGUUGGUUUAAAUUCGCAUUAGGAUAAUUGUUUGUUCUCUCAAAAUAAAAUGAUUUGUUAAAGUAUGCCAGGAAAUAUGCCAGGAAUAAAAAGGGGAGUGUAAAAAAUAGAGAAUUUAUUAUUAUAAAAGAAUAAUUCCUACAUCCAUCAAAUCAUUGAUUGGAAGCCUGUUCUCCUAGAAUCUAUCCUUGGGAUGCUGUUUUUCUUUCCAGAAAAACCUGAUGCAGAGGCAGGUAAGGCAAAACCUGCCAUUUCAGCUACAGGGGCCACCUGCUUUCACCUGGGCCACACAAACUGAUUUUUUUUCCCCGAGUUCCUGACAUAAAAGCUGGAAUCUCUGGAGAGCCUGUACCUAAAUGCUGGAGUUCAGCAGGUAGGAGCAGAGUCCAGGAGAUGCCACUGUGCUGGGAGCACUCAGAGCACCGGGGGGAAUCUGGACUCUAAUGGAUGGGGGUUGUCGGGGGUGCCACCUGCAGAGUUGAGUUCCUGGCCCUGGGAAUGAGCUUCCCAAGGCAAAGGGACGCCUCAAGCACGGCAGAGCAGGGAAGCUCUGCAAUGGAGCAUAUCCCAGAAACUCUUCCAAACGGGCAGCCCCCAAAGCCAGCGGGUGACAGCCCUGAAGCCCCGGGGCUUUGGGCUGGGCGCUCCGCUCCCUCCUUCCUCCUGUCCCUCCUCCCUGCCUGAGGCAGGAGCUGCAGGGGCUGCAGCCUCGCUCCUGCCUGCGCGGAACCAGCGGCUGCGGCGGAGCUGCGGCGCCUGUAAGCGGGGUACCCCGGGGGGAUCGGGCUGGGGGCUGCCUCCGCCCGGGGCUGGGCUGCUCCUCCCUCCUUGCAGCCGGGAGCCGGGGGAAAACCGCGGGAGCUUGGCUAGCAACAGGUCUGUGUGUGUGUGUAUGUGAGAGCUGGAAUGCUGCUUCCACCGCCUGGAGGUGCCCUGAUUUACUGGGGGGGCACAACACUGCCCGCCCGGGGAUGCCGGUGAUGCCAGGGACCUGCUGGGUGGAACCAACCCUCCCCGUGCUGCCCGGGGUGGGCAGGGCUGGGAUACGGAGCAAUCUGUGCCCUGGAAGGGAUGGGGGUGGCAGCAGGUGCCCCUGAGCCUCUGGCUUUGGAGUUCCAGCCCCCGUGUUGCAGGAGGGCCAAUCCACCUGGGCUGGGAGCUGGACCACUCUGCAGAGCUCCAGAACUGGGAAAAGAAGAUCCUGGGGCUGUUUGUUUUUUUGUUUGUUUUUUUUUUUUUCCCUCAGUGAUUAAGACAAGUUCACAUCAUGUUACUUUGCUCUUCUAUCAGUAGCAGGUACCUCUAUUAGGAGGAAAGUGUCUGGAGCUUGAAGUAGCUCAUGUUAGCCUUUAAAUGUGAACCACUCCAGGGGCUGCAAAGUAUAAAAUUGCAGUGAGAUCUUUUUCGGGUGUUUUGCUGGGCAAAGGGGGAUUGAGGGUAACUCUGAGCAUUUCCUGAGGCUGGCAGGUAAGAUGGCACCUCAUCCCAAAAGAGUGGGCCUGUGCUGCUGGCUUUUUUUUUUUUUUUUUCCAAAAGAAAAUCCUAGCAAGGAAAACUUAUUUGCAAUCCUUGCUGUUUGGACUGCUGUGAGUUGCAGCUGUCGUUUACUGAAGAGAAUUGGCUUCAACUGGAGUCAAACCAGGAGGUUUCCGAGGUAACCUCUCAGCGUGUCAAAUUCCUGACAUCAAUCAGGGGUACCUAUCCAUGCUAUCCAGACUAAAGCCCAGCACUCACUGGAGCAUCUCUCCAGGGAAAAAGCUGUGGCCAGUCCAGAUAUUUCAUGGGGUCCCUGCCCAGUUUCCAGUGAUGGAUGGGAAACUGCUACUUGGAGACUGGAUCCCGGGAGAACUUGAGUAAUGUCCCACUGAAAGCUUUUAAAGCAAUGACUUGCUUCCAAGCCCCUUUCUGCCAGCUGAAAACCUACUGGGAUAUUCGGGCUUAUUUGGAGAUAAACCACUCUGAGUGUGAUAAGGGACAGCCCUGUCAUGGCAUGACCAAGAACUUCUCCCUUGGAUCAUCAGAGUCCCCUCAAAAAGCCAAACUCCAGCAGGGCACAAGGAGGAGAAUGGACUCAAACUCUUCACUGGAUUGGCCUCACUUGGAUUUGCUGAACGGGACAUACAAGUACCUUUCCUUGGAAGGAAACGUCUCCUACGUGGACUUCUACCUCCACCAGCCUUGGAUGGCUGCCGUCUUCAUCACCUCCUACCUCCUCAUCUUCCUCCUCUGCAUGGUGGGCAACGGGGCGGUUUGCUUCAUCGUCCUGUGGAGCAAGCACAUGCGCACGGUCACCAACCUGUUCAUCCUGAACCUGGCCGUCAGUGACUUGCUGGUGGGGCUCUUCUGCAUGCCCACCACCCUCCUGGACAACAUCAUUGCAGGAUGGCCCUUUGGGAGCCUGGUGUGCAAGAUGAGCGGGAUGGUCCAAGGAAUCUCUGUUUCUGCCUCUGUCUUCACUCUGGUUGCUAUUGCCGUGGACAGGUUCCGGUGCAUCGUGCGCCCGUUCAAGCAGAAGCUGACCGUUCCCGCUGCCGUGGCCACCAUCGCGGUCAUCUGGGUGCUGGCCGUGGCCAUCACGUGUCCCUCGGCAGUGCUGCUGCAGGUGCAGGAGGAGAAGCGUUUCCGGGUGCUCCUGGGCUCCGGCAACGCCACCCGCCCGGUGUUCUGGUGCCGGGAGGAGUGGCCGGACCCGGCAAUGAGGAAGAUCUACACGACGGUUCUCUUUGCCAACAUCUACCUGGCUCCCCUGUCGCUCAUCGUGCUCACGUACGCCAGGAUCAGCGUCUCCCUCUCCCACGCCGCCGUGCCUGGGGCGGGGAAGCGCAGCCAGGAGCAGCGGCACGGCGCGUGGAAGAGGAAACGAAAAGCCAUUCAAAUGCUCGUCCUUGUCACUUUGCUUUUCGCCCUGUCCUGGCUUCCCCUGUGGACCCUGAUGCUGCUGUCGGACUACGCCAGCCUCUCCGACCUCCAGCUGCAGCUGAUCAACAUCUACAUCUACCCCUUGGCUCACUGGCUGGCCUUCUUCAACAGCAGCAUCCACCCCAUCAUCUACGGCUUCUGCAACGAGAACUUCCGCCGGGGCUUCCAGGCCGUCCUCAAGCUCCAGCUCUGCUCCAGGGCGGCCUGUUCCCAGCCGGCGCCGGGCCAUGCCGCCCUGCCGGCUGCCCGCCGCCAGCUGCCCCAGGACCCGGCUCCCCUGACAGCCAAGAAAGGGAAUAAGCAGCAGGAUUUGCUGGUGGAGGAGCUCGAGGAGCCCUGCGACAAUGGGAUUGAGUGAAACGCGCUGUGACUCCGUGAAGCUCCCCGAGCGGCUGGAGCUGGGCUGCUUGAACCCUAUUUAUGGUCACAUUUCAGCCUGUGAGGAAUCCCUUAUCCUGUAGCUCCCAUGGACUGAAAUACUGCAGACACGGGCUGGAGCCCAGCGGUCCCUGGAUUUUCUUGCGGACCUUGUGAACACCAGCUGCGUCCUGCUCAAGUGACAAAAUUUAGCGUUUUCCGUCACAUUCCAUUCCCCUUUGUUGCUGUUCUUUCUGUCGCAUCCAUUAUUAUUAUUAUUAUGUCGUAUUAUUAUUAUUAUGUCGUAUCCAUUAUUAUUGCAGCUAGAGAAACAAAUGGAAAUGGAAAUUUGAGAAAUAAAAGAUGAAA